UCAGGACCCCGGGCGCCGCUGCCGUCGCCGCUGCAGGGGCCGCGCCUCCUCAGGCCCCGGCCCGGCCCCGGCUCGCGGGGCGCCGUCCUCGGCUCGUGGGGCGCGAGUCCUCGGGCGCGGCCAUGGCCCUGCGGCGCAGCCCCGAGCCCCCCAGCGGGCCGGCGCGCUGGCUGCCCACGCACGUCCAGGUGACGGUGCUGCAGGCCCGCGGGCUGCGGGGCAAAGGCACGGGGGGCAGCAGCACGAGCGACGCGUACACCGUGAUCCAGGUGGGGCGCGAGAAGUACAGCACGUCGGUGGUGGAGAAGAGCACGGGCUGCCCCGAGUGGCGCGAGGAGUGCGUCUUCGAGCUGGCCCCCGGCGCGCUGGACGGGCUGCUGCGGGCGCAGGACGCGGCCCCCGACGCCCCGGCCCCGGCGCCGGCCGAGCCUGCCUGCGAGCUCGUGCUCACCGCCAUGCACCGCUCGCUCAUCGGCAUCGACAAGUUCCUGGGCCAGGCCACCGUGGCUCUGGACGAGGUCUUCCGCCAGGGCCGCGCCCAGCACACGCAGUGGUACAAACUGCACUCCAAGCCAGGUAAGAAGGAGAAGGAGCGCGGUGAGAUCCAGGUCACCAUCCAAUUCACACGCAACAACCUGAGCGCCAGCAUGUUUGACCUGUCGGUGAAGGACAAACCACGCUCACCCUUUGGCAAGAUCAAAGACAAGAUGAAGGGCAAGAAGAAGUAUGAGCUGGAGUCAGCCUCGGCCAUCAUCCCGAGCAGUGCCAUGGACGACCCCGACCUGCUUGGCGGCUCCAGCAAGAAGGCCAAGGCCAAGACCUUCUUCCUCCGCAACAAGCUGCGCAAGUCCUCGCUGACACAGUCCAACACCUCGCUAGGUUCAGACAGCACGCUCUCCUCCACCAGCGGGAGUCUGGCCUGGCUGGGCUCUGAGUACCUGACCCGCUCCCCAAGCCGCCACAGCCGGCUCUCCACUGAAGGGGGCAAGGACUCUGCUCCGUCCCCCAAACUGCUGACCCACAAACGAGCCUACAGUGAUGAAGUGAGCCAGAUCCAGGCAGGGCUGCCCCGCUCUGGCCAUGACCCCGGCUCUGGCUCUUCCCUCUGCAUCAAUGGGAGUCACAUCUACAACGAUGAGCCGCCUGCCCCACCGGCCCACCGGGCCUCCAUCUCGGGCCCCUCUCCUUCAGCCAGUGCCCUCCACAGCCUCUCCCUUCGACGGGCGGAGGAAGGCACAGGGCUCUUGGACACGGCCCCCAGGGGCAGCUCUGAGACGCUGGCUGCAGCAGGUGCGGGCCGAGAGGAGGAAGGGGCCCAGCGGGCAGAGGGGAAGCCUGUCCAGGUGGCCACACCCAUAGUGUUCUCAUCCACAUCAGCAGAGAGAGAAGACUCGAGGAAGGAAGAGCGUAAGCCCCGAAUGGGUCUUUUCCACCAUCAUCACCAUGGGGCCGGCCGCAGGGGCUCCCUCGGGGAGAAGAUGGGCCUGGCCCUCGGGGCCUCUUCCCACCCUUCCUCCAGUGGGGAGGAGAAAGGCAGGAGCGCCUGGUUUGGCUCCCGAGAGGGGAAGGAGCAUGGCCAGAAGCCCAGUGGCUCGCUGGUAGCGGCCCCCACUGCGCCCUCCCUGCCGGAGUGGGAUGACACCUUCAACGCCUUUGCCACCAGCAGGCUGCCCCCCGAUGCUGGGCAUGGACUCUCGGCCCCAGCUGCAGAGAUGGGGGCCUUGGGAGCGCCCUGGACCGGUGAUGAUGACGCGGAGACAGCAGCGUCUCGAGAAGAUCCUGCGAGUGGGGGACAAGGCUCAGCAUCGGCACUCGAGGUUGCUGGACCCCCGAGUUUUGAUGGCUGGAGUGUGACUUCUGUUGGCUGGGAUUACCCUGUGUUCCAAGGACCCAGCCGGUCCUUGUCAGCCAAAUGGCCCUCAUCGAGCCAGGAGCCAGAAGAGGGAGAGGCCCUCUCCCAGCCUCAGAAGGCAGACCAAGACCCAGCAGCCACCGAGUUUGCUUGUCCCAGUGCCCUCAGAGGAGAGAGCAUUGAGCAGGAGAGGCCGCCUAGCCCCCGAGCAUCCAAGGAGCCUGAAGAAGAGCCCGGGAGUGUGGGAAGCCACUUUUUCCAAGAGUUGAAUGUAAUUACUGAUCUCUGGUCAUCAGAGGUGGUAAACAUCCCUCCUAAGUCUAAGAGCCCCCCUCCCAUCCCAAAGAGAAGCUGGGAGCAAGAAGAGAACCUUUGGGGGGUUCUAGAUGAACCACCCAGCCUUCAGGAGCCAGGAUCCCCAGGGCCACAUCCAGACUUUCCGGGAGACGUGGGCAGAGAUGUCUUCUCACUACCUUCUGACAAAGAAGAGGGGUCCCCUGCACUAGAGCCUGGGACACCCCCACCCAAACCACCACGCCUUUUCACACCCUCGAAUUCCCAGAAUGAAGAGAAAGAAAUGAGCCCAGAGGAACUGAGCAGAAAAGGGACAGAACCGUGUGUCGAAGACAUCUUCCCAGGCCUCUCGGCUCUCAGCCACCAGGAUAAGAUGGAGGGGGGUGCAUUUGGCCUGGAAGAGCUUGCGAUCUGCCCCUCUGCAGACAGUCCAGACCAACGUGCUUUGGAAGGGGGCUCUGUCAGCUGCUGGGACGCAGUUCCCCUGGUCCCUGGGCCCAAUUCUCCACCAGCUGUCCUGGAGGUCCCUUCCCCAACACUCACGUCAGAGAACACAACUGGCCAGAGUCAGCAUUUCUGGGCAGUUCAAGAAGCAGAGUCUCAAUUCCUUGGCAUAUCAGGGAUCCUCCAAGAUAAACCUGAGCCCGUUCGUCCCCUGGCGACUUCUGGUUUGGAGAAAGAUCCUUUCUGGGGUUCUGAUGAUGAUGAUGAUGGCACCUUGAGCCCCUCCUUACCUCACGGGAGCCCAACCUCCACCGUCCUUCCAGCCUUGCUUUCUGCGGGGGAUGAAGCUUCUCCAGAAUCUCCCAGCCUAGGACUCGUGGCCCCUCAGGACCCCUCCCCUGCUCCUCCCCUCCCUCCCCCUCUCCCUUCUCCAUGCCCAGCCACUAAUGUGAGCAGGAAGCCUGGCCAAGAAUCCCUCUCUCUGCAUGGAAGCCGGCCCUUAUCCUUCUCCACCCCGGCCCUGGUGGACUUCCCCGCAACCCGAGGCCCCUUCGAGUUCCCCUCACCCAUCGAGGGCUCCUCGAGCCCGCAGUGGGGCAUCGAGACCCCUGCCACCCUGCUUGCGCUUCUGCCCCUGGAGACACGACCAGCUGAGGAGCCUUCGAGCCAGAAUGGCACCAGCCCCCACCCCGUGAAGCCUCUCAGCUCAGCCCCCCCAGAAGGGGCCGUCGACAAGAAGCCACCUCGCUCCAGUCUGAGCUCAGCCCUGACCAGUGGGUUGGAGAAACUCAAGACGGUCACCUCAGGGAGCAUUCCACCUGUGGUCCCCCAGACUGACCAGAUAGCAGAGUCCAAGGUGAAGCUGAAGGACCCCGGACAGCCAGACCAGUCUGCCAAGUACUACCACCUGACCCACGACGAGCUUAUCGCCCUGCUCCUGCAGCGUGAGCGGGAACUGAGCCGCCGUGACGAACACGUGCAUGAGUUGGAAAGCUACAUUGACCAGCUACUGGUGCGCAUCAUGGAGACGUCCCCGACGCUGCUGCAGAUCCCGCCGGGGCCCCGGGCCCCCAAAUAGCCCCCUCCCUUGUCCCUUCCCUGAGGGCUCACAUACACACACACACGCACACACGCGCACACACACACACACGCACACCCCCGCAGGCUGGCAGUCUUCCCAGCCAAGAGUUCAUGGAAUUUUGGGGCCUUGUAGGGGAAUCUGGGCCUUUUCUGGCAGGGGAGGAGCCAGGGCCCUGAAGGGAACCCUAUUUCUGCUCUCCUCAGAGCUCCCCCUGCUGCCAGGAACAGAUCUGGGACAGUGGGGAGGCCUGCUGGAGCUCGGUGGUGCUGUAGAGUCUUCCAAGGUCAGCACGGGGUAGUUAAGGGGGGGAGUUGCUACCUGGGAGGUAGUGGUACUCCCUAUCCCUGUCUGAACCUAGUCAUUCCUACCCCUACCCCAGCUAGAACUGCUCUUCUCCCACCCCGCUGCCCUAACGUUACUGCCAGUGUUACCUCCUGGGAAACAAGCUGCCAAAAUGUGAGCACCAGGCAGCUGUGCAUCCCUGCCCCUGUCCUGUGUGUAUGUGUGUGUGAGUUUGUGUGUGUGACUGUGAGGCCCUACAGUUCAGUCUGGGGGGAGGUGGAGAUGGAGCUGUGGAUGAUGGGUGUGCUCUGGGUCUUCAGCUUAUUUUAUUCAGGAGAAGGAUUUGGGUUCUGUUGUUUCUCCUAAAGAGUAACACCCCCCCAUCCCUACACCCCUGUCUUUAUCUGAUCCCAGGCUUCCUGUCUCUGGGGUUCUUCUUGGAUCUGUUUGGGUUUUAAUGUUUAAAAGCUUCUCUGUUCUCUGCUUACCCAUUCAGAUGCCAAAACUCUGCAGCCCAGCGGGGUUUGUACUUAGACAAAAAUCAUUAAAAUGUAAAAUGUGCCUUGUGGGGAGGGGCCCAGGCAGGGGUCUGGACUGAGGUCCACCUGCCCCGCCUGCCUUUCCAUGAUGGGCUUUUUCCACCCAGCACCCCACUCCUCCCUGCUGAAGAGAAGAGGGGGCAGAGCCUCCUUGCCACCCCUGGCCUGGCCAUCUGCCUGCGCUGCUCUGGGCACCUCUGGCUCACCUCCCCAACCUUGAGCCGAGUGUGAGAAGAUGGGAGGGGCAGAGUGGGGGGGCAUAGGGAGGCAGCCCUGGGAUGGCUGGCCAGCUCCGUGAGUGAGUUCUCAGGCCCAGGAAACCAGAAUUGGGGCAGGGGGUAGUAAUGUUUGACACCAUCCCCCAUUUCCCACUUCACUCUGUGAAUUAAUAAGCAGCUCAAUGUCCCUGAGGCUUGUUCUGAGCUGGGUGCCCCCCUUCUUUCCCCUCCCAGUUACUGCUGGCCUACCCCUGCCUCCCUCCUCCUCUCCUGGCCAAAUCGUCUCAUUGGAGGCGCUGGGACGCUGCACUUGGGGGAGGAAAGGUCUUGGCCCUCUCCCCCUCCCCACCCAGCCAAGCUGCUAUUCCCACCCUCCCCACCCAGCUGCCUUAGUUAACUGGGCUUUGUUGCACUUUAAAGAGUAAGCAUUUGUCCUGUGUCCCAUGUUCCCCCUUGGCCUGGCAGCCCCUGGGGCCUGACCUCAGCCGUCUGCCCUACUCCCACCCAUCUGACCCUCUGGACAGGUGCAUGCGGCAGCUUUGAUGGGUGAGAGCUUGGGCCCCUUUCUGGCCUGGCAGGCUGAGGUGGGUGGGGAAGGCUGCUCCUGGUAGGGCUUGAGUCUGUCUUUGGAGGUCUGUGUCAUCAGAGAGAGGAGAAACCUGGGUGUGUGUGUGUGCGCAUGUGCACAUGUUUGUGUGCGCACGUGCAUGUAUGUGCACUCGUGUGUGGUUUUGGGGGGCAGUCUUGAUGUGGGGAUGAGUCCCUGGAGGUAGAAAGCAGUGCCCUCUGCCUUCCCUCAGCCUCUCUUGAAAACCCCAUCCAGUCCUUCAGAGCCCUGAUCACCUCCCCUCCCCUGAGCCUGCAGAUCUCGGGGAGGUGGGGGGGAGGGCUGGCCCCUUCUUGGGGCAGAGCCAAGGAGAAAAGGACCCCAGCCUUGCCAGGCUACCGCCAAGCCCCAGGUUUCCACAUUGAACCCCAAGUUUUCUAUGUUGUCUUUUUUGCCCCUGGCCCCAGUUGGGAGGUGUCAGGAGGACGAGAGAAGAGGGCAGACGUUCUUUUGCUUCACUGUUUGUCUUCCUUGUUGCAGUUAACGUUUCUGAAGAGCUUGUUCUUUGCGUUUUAAGCACUUUACAAAGAAUAAAAAUUGGAUCCAUCUAUGA